CGUUUUAGCGCUCGAAUCCAGUGGGGCCCGCCAUGUAGCGUUUGAAAAUUGAAUCCCACCUUCACCUCUUGUAUUCUAUCAAAGUAAAGUAAAGUAAAGUUAAGUAAAGUUAACUUCCAUUCCAUUCCCGUCUUCCUCUUCUCUUCACAAUCAUCGAUCAAAUUCAUAUUCAUAUUCAUAUUGAUGGGGUGUGUCUCUUCCAAUCUGCUCAACCACGACGACGACUUCUCUCAUCUUGGUAGCACAGCACUUGGCCACCACAUUGUCUCACUCACCUCCACCACCUAUGGCCUCCUCACCCUCGAUCCACAACCACCCCACACCACCGCCCCUUCCACACCCACUCCUUCUCGCUUCACCCUCCCAGAGGUCAUCAACUCCUGGGAGCUCAUGGCAGGCCUCGACACCACCGAAAGCUUCCGUUUCGACAACUCUCACCCAAACCUCCUAACCAAACCCGCUCCACCAUCAUCGCGGUUCCAGAGGAUAUGCCCGCCCAACGGGGAGAACAGGGUGGUCAUCUACACCACCACAUUGAGGGGCGUCAGGAGGACGUUCGAGGCCUGCAACGCCGUCAGGGCAGCAUUCCAAGCCUUUGGGGUGCUGUUCUGUGAGCGAGAUGUGUCCAUGGAUAGCGGAUUCAAGGAGGAGCUCAGAAUGCUCUUCAAGGGGAAGGGGAAGGAUGCUUCAAUGACAAUGGUGGUUCCGCCCAAGGUGUUCGUGAAGGGAUUCUACAUCGGCGGCGCUGAGGAGAUGUUGAAAGUGGCAGAGGAAGGUCUAUUAGGGGAACUGCUUCAGGGAUUGCCCAGAAAACCAGUUGUUGGGGCUGUUUGUGAGGGUUGUGGGGAUCUGAGAUUCUUGCCCUGCUUUAGUUGCAAUGGCAGCUGCAAAAUCGUGAAAGCUCACAAAGAGAAAGAGGGGAGUACUAGGAACAUUGUUGUGAAGUGCAAUGAUUGUAAUGAGAAUGGGUUAGUGCUAUGCCCUGUUUGUAGCUGAUUUUCAUCUACGUACUUUUUCUCUUUAUCUCACUUGUAAUUGUCUGUCAUGGUGAAUUGCCUGUGUUCACCCUUUUUUAAAUUUCCUACAAACAGAUAGAUCUGACCCCUCCUCUGGCUUAUCUGCACUUAUAAUUAAAUUAAUAAUAAUAAUUAGAUUCAACUUUUA